GAUGUCAGUACGCUAAUGAGGACGGGAAGGGUCUCUGUGAUUGGUCAGGCGGAGGGGGCGGGGACAGAGGCCUUCCUUACUGGUCGGUUCCCCGGCUCUCUGUGCUUGCAGUGGUGGAGCGGUGAUCGUGCUGUACAGACCUCUGACUCGGAAGAAGCGUGCACCCGGAUAAAGAUGGAAUCGGAACUGAAACUCGGCAGAAAGAUCAAUGAAGGCAAAACUAAAGAGGUGCACGAGCUGCCCGAUCACCCCGGAUGUGUUCUCAUGCAGUCCAAGGAUCAGAUCACAGCAGGGAAUGCAGCCAGGAAGGAUCACAUGGAGGGUAAAGCCUCCAUCUCUAACAAGACCACAGUCUGUGUCUUUAAACUUCUUCAAGAGGCCGGUAUCAAGACGGCAUUUGUGAAGAAGUGUAGUGAGACUGGAUUCAUUGCCACCCAUUGUGAGAUGAUUCCCAUUGAGUGGGUUUGCAGGAGAAUAGCCACUGGCUCCUUCCUCAAGAGAAAUCCUGGAGUCAAAGAAGGUUACAAGUUUUAUCCCCCCAAAGUGGAGAUGUUCUUCAAGGAUGAUGCCAAUAAUGACCCUCAGUGGUCUGAAGAGCAGCUAAUUGCUGAAAAGCUCACUUGUGCUGGCCUUGUGAUUGGUCAGGCGGAGGUGGACAUCAUGAAGCAUUCCACGGUGGCCAUCUUUGAGAUCCUAGAGAAAGCAUGGUCUACACAGGACUGUACACUGGUAGACAUGAAGAUUGAAUUUGGUGUUGAUGUGACCAAAAAGGAGAUUGUUCUUGCUGAUGUGAUUGACAAUGACUCAUGGCGUCUGUGGCCUUCAGGAGAUAAGAGUCAACAGAAAGAUAAACAGACGUACCGGGAUCUAAAGGAAAUCACACCAGAAGCGAUGCAGAUGGUGAAACGGAACUUCGAGUGGGUUGCUGAGAGGGUGGAGCACUUGCUGACCAGUGUAAGCCACGGAAGGGUGGUUGUGCUGAUGGGCUCCAUUUCUGACUUGGGGCAUUGUGAGAAAAUCAAGAAAUCUUGUGCAAACUAUGGCAUUCCAUGUGAGCUCAGGGUGACUUCUGCCCACAAGGGUCCUGAUGAAACACUGAGGAUCAAGUCUGAGUAUGAGGGCGAUGGCAUCCCCACAGUGUUUGUUGCAGUUGCCGGCAGAAGCAAUGGUUUGGGUCCUGUGCUUUCUGGAAACACGGCCUAUCCAGUAAUUAAUUGCCCUCCUCUUACGGCAGACUGGGGGGCUCAGGAUGUCUGGUCUUCCCUACGGAUGCCCAGCGGUCUUGGCUGUUCUACGGUUCUGUCUCCUGAAGCAGCAGCUCAGUUUGCUGCUCAGAUAUUUGGGUUGAACAAUCACUUGAUAUGGUCCAGGCUCCGCUCGUGCACCCUGAACACUUGGAUUUCUCUGAAACAAGCCGAUGUGAAGCUGAGAGAGUGCAGCAUGUGACCUCCCCAUACCUCAUGCACAGUUCUGUCUUGUGCCAUUAAAGCUCUUGGUUUUUCUGUG